GACUGCUCUGAGUCUCAGAUUUGCUUCGCAAGAAAGCCGUUCCUGCAUCAUGGCGGCUCUGGACGAAGGUUAGCUGUGGGGCGCCUUGCUGGUUUCACGAUUAGGUAGAUCUGGACUACCGUAUUUGGUUGGUCUCCUUGCGGCACUCUUCGAAUUCUGUAGGAGGCCGCAUGUAUCUGCAGGGAUUGUACCCCCCCUAGGAUGUUGGGGGUGCGGGCGGGCCCCAGCUAUGGGGCGCCGCAGAAGGGGUCUGUGCGACUGACAAUCUUCGUGUCGGCGCUGGCGGCUGCAGCAUGGAUCUGGUUGCUUCUGUUCAGCCAGCCCCGAUGCUGGGAGACUUCCAAGGAUCGGUUGCUGGGGCCGCCAUCCGUCAGCAUACCGAGCUCCGAUCCUUCGUUUGUGUUAGAAUCCCAACUUGCGGUGCUCUCCCCCAGUAACCAUGCCUUAGUCGGUCGGUCGCGGUCCACGAGCAGCACGGGAAGGGUAAUGGAGUCGGAGGGGAGCACACUGAGGAACAUCGUGUUUGGGAUUGGGGCCUCUGCGGAGUUGUGGCAACAGAGGAAGGAGUAUGUGAAGCUCUGGUGGAGGCCGGGGGAGCUGAGGGGCUAUGUCUGGUUAGACGAGCCAGUAGAGAUGUCAGCAGAGGAUGUGGGGCAGCUCCCCGAGUUGAGGGUCUCGGAGGACAUCUCGAGGUUUCGGUACACGAAUCCCAAGGGCCAUCCCUCGGCGAUCCGCCUCUCGAGGAUAGUGUCGGAGACAGUGCGGAUGCAGCCGCAGGGUGUAGACUGGUUUGUCAUGGGAGACGAUGACACCAUCUUCUCCCCGGAUAAUCUAGUGAAGGUGCUGUCCAAGUACGAUCACACCAAGAUGGUGUAUGUCGGCUCCAGCUCAGAGUCGCACAAGCAGAAUGUUGACUUUUCGUAUCAGAUGGCUUUUGGUGGGGGAGGGUUUGCGCUGAGCUAUCCAUUGGCUCGAGCGCUGGAACGCAUGCAGGACAAGUGUCUGGAGAGGCAUCCGGAGCUCUUUGGGAGCGAUGAUCGGAUGCAGGCGUGUGUGGCCGAGCUGGGAGUGCCCCUCUUCAAGGAGGCUGGCUUCCAUCAGUUCGACAUAUACGGGAACGCGUUUGGGCUGCUCUCUGCGCAUCCUCUGGUGCCAUUCAUCUCGCUGCACCACGUGGAUCUCAUUGAGCCGGUGUUCCCUGGGAGGAACACGCGCGACGCUCUCGCGCACCUUAACAAGGCGAUGCGCGCCGAACCCGCUGCGUUUUUGCAGCAGUCGUUCUGCGUGGAUGCCAAGCGCCGGUGGACCGUUUCGGUGGCAUGGGGCUACUCAGUGCAGUGGUUCCCGGGCGUGAUGCGCGCGAGGGAUUUGGAGAGGCCAGAGGUCACGUACCAGUCCUGGCACCGCAAGGCGGACCCUCUGCACUACUCGUUCAACACGCGGCCCGCGAUCCGCUCGCCCUGCCAGCGGCCCACCGUCUUCUACAUGGACGACAUCGGGUAUGCGCAGAACAGCGACGCGCCGGUCAGCGUCUACGCGCGGGAUACGGCGAACGACAAGCGCAAGAAGGAGGCCUACUGCAAGAGCUCGAUCGUGCCGCCGGAAGGGGUGACGAGCGUGCGCGUCGUGCGGGACCCGACGGAGGAUGACUGGUUCCAGACACCGCGGCGGCAGUGCUGCAAGUCGGUGACCAUUCAGGAGGGGACACAGGCGUUGAUCCGCCUGGGGGCUUGUGAUGACGGGGAAGUGAUUGCCUAAGGACCAGAGAGCUGUGGCUAUCAUUGUUGGUCAGAAAUGACCAAUAUAUAACGUGUGCACUUAUCAAGGGUUUGGAGAUGUAAGUUGGUCGUAGCCAGGACUCCAAAGACAGAAGUCCGUGCAAAUAAGAGUAAUUGAAAGGAUUGCACCAAUAUAGUAUGUAUACAAGCAACCUGUACUGUUGAUAUCCAUGUCAACUGAAACUCGAGUUCACUAUCUGUACUGCCAAGCUGGCUUUUACUGAGGAGGACGCGAAAAUGGCCCUGGCGACCUACCAGCCAGAAGUCGUUCUUUUCCUGUGC